GUCCUCCAGGCUGCAGCCCUCUCCCUCUCUCUCCCUCUCUCUCUCUCCCUCUCUCUCUCUCUCUCUCUCUCUGGAUGUCAUGAGCUGCUUGCACUGAGCUUGCACUAGUAGUGAGUGAUCAGCACCCAGUGCACACAGCGCAGCACCCUCUCCUCACACCUGGGUGCCACAUUCCUCAUCUCCAGCCAUCAUGGACCCUUUUGACACAGAGCUCUGCUACCCCCCGGACCCCAGCAUUGUGCAGCCUAACUGUAACGGGCAACCAGUCCCAGGACCCCCGGAGCAGGCACCCAGCAAGACCCUGGAGCUCCCAGUCCAAAUGGAGAGGGAGCAGCAGAUGAAGAUGAGUGAGAGCGGCCAGUUCAGCGACCUGGUGGAGAACAGAGGUUUAUUAGAAAGCAGCACAAAACUUAAGCCGCACGAAGCCCAAAACUACAGGAAAAAGGCCUUAUGGAUAUCAUGGUCGUCAAUCGUUGUCACGUUGGUGUUGGCGGUUGCAGCCUUUACCGUCUCUGUGAUGAGGUCUAGUGCGUCAUCAUUUGGAUUUGCAUUUGAUGCCGUUCUGGAUGUCUUAUCCUCAGCUAUCGUCUUAUGGCGUUACAGCAACGCAGCGGCCGUACACUCGGCGCACAGGGAAUACUUAGCCUGCGUGAUCCUGGGGGCAAUAUUUAUGGUGUCAGCGAUGUGCAUUGUGGCGAAAGCCAUCCAUGACCUCUCCAUCCGAGUGCUGCCAGAAGUUGAUAACUUUUUAUUCAGUGUCUCCAUUUUAAGUGGAAUUCUCUGCACUCUAUUGGCUAUCGUGAAAUUCAUGUUGGGGAGAGUCCUGACGAGUCGAGCGCUCAUCACUGAUGGAUUUAACUCUUUGGUGGGCGGCAUCAUGGGAUUCUCCAUCCUCAUUAGCGCCGAGGUGUACAAGCACAACUCGUCAGUUUGGUACCUGGAUGGAUCUGUCGGGAUCUUGAUCGGACUAAUAAUUAUGGGUUAUGGACUCAAAUUACUAUUGGACAUGGUUCCUCGCGUGAGGCAGACUCGUCACUAUGAGAUGUUUGAGUGAAGGAUCCGGGGAUGGGGGCUUAUUCGCUCCCCAAAAACUUUUUUUUAUCACAACUGAGAGCAGCAAAUCUUUCAAUGGUGUGUUACCCACUUAUACCGUUGGGUUGUAUGAAAAUUCAAAACUCUAUAAUGUCCCCUCUUCGCCAAUUACCAUUUAUCGGAGCGGCGUGCGAAGGCCAAACCUCAACAGUGACGCGUCCUGAAGAAGCAGCGCACAAACCUCUGAGAAAUGGACUAAUGUUAUUUGUAUCUAUGAGUGUUCUGUACGAAUCUACAAGAGUGGACCCCGACAUGGCCGUCCAAGGACACAACAGCUGUAUGACGCUGCAAGCCACAGAGUAUUUUUCUAUAUAGGUAUAUACUAUAUAUGUGCAUAGCGGCCUCAUGAACUCCGUGUAUACCAUGAUCACUCCUCAAGCACAGACUGAACCCCAAAAUCCAGAGCACAGCGCAGGGCGACAAAAAUCACUCAGAUAGCUCAUUCUAAAAAUACUACUAUGUGCUUAUAUCUAUAUUUUUGUCCAUAGGGGACAGCAUAGUUGUGAUUUUUUUUCCAUAGGGGUAGUAGUCCUUUAGAUAUUCUGCUUAGUUUGGCAGGGAAAGUGGUGGAAUGGGCUUAACCUUUGACAACCUUUUUUGGUAAUCCAAAAAUGAGCUCAGAGCAGUUGUCGCUUCCGUUCCGAACUCUUCUAGGCAAAAGUCUUAUGAAGCGCAUUAGCCAGCAGGGGGCAACAAUGAGCACAGGAGAAAGAUGGAAUCUGUGCUCCAUGACAUUGUUACCAUUUAACUUAAAGUGAAUGUCCAUCUUUGAAUACCAUUUUUUAUUUAAAUAUCCCACAUUGUAUGCUAAUUUCUUCAUAUAGCUUUAUAGCACUGGAGAUUUGAACUUUCUUUGUCUGACCCAGAGCUCUAGAUCCC